CAGAAUACGAAUAAUUUAUCACAUAUCGACUCGAAAGAUACUUUUGGUGUUUAUAGCUUGUCAGGUCGAAUUUCAGAAAACGUAGAAGUUUAAUCAUCAUUAGUUAAAGUCCUAGAAAACAUGGCAAACCCAAUAAAUAACAUGAAAAAGCGAUAGAGCUCGCAUAAAAUGUUUCGCUACAUCCUUAAUGUUGAUGAUGCCCAAUCCUUAAAAAAGUCUUGGUUUUAACAAACAUUGAAAAGAAGAUACGUUCUUCUAGCUGCGUUUGUGGACGCUAUAGAGUGUUGGGAAAAAUAAUAUCUGAUGGAAUUGAAAAAUACGAGCCGGUCAAUAUCAAUAACUUGUUGGCGGAUAUAUACUUACGCUGAAGUUAAAUAUUAUCAGUACAGAUUUGAGGAAAGAUGAUUUUGCUUAUAUGAUGGGUAACAACCCUUCACGUGGCAUUCAAAAAAGCAAACAAGAAAUUCAGUUUCAAAAAUGGGAAUAUCUUGGUCAUUCUGUCAAGCAUGGAGAACUGUUGUCAAAAUUGUGUUGUCCUAAACCAGAAAUUGAACAUAAGGGCAAUUUACGUGUAAUUUUCUCGGACGAAUUUAGCCUUGGCCAAGGAAGCAACGAAACCCGUGUCUUUCUUGGACUGACAAAGGAUGGUUACGGCAAAGCAGUAAAAAGAAUGCGUAGAAAUAACUACCUACAGCCUGCACAGCACGAAAAAAAAAUUUUAAAUGAAUUCAAUGCAAGGGAGUCGAAAUAUGUCGUGAAUUAUUACUUCUUAGAGGAAGAUACUGGAACGGACUAUGUUUAUUUAAUAUUAGACUUAUGCGAAGAAUCAUUGAAGAAGUUUGUGGAGGAUUCUACCAUAGAAGACCUUCAAAAAGCUCUUCCUGAUAUUCUUAGACAAAUUUUAAAUGGGCUAGCUGAUCUUCAUUCUGGCAAAAAUCCUAUUCUUCAUCGCGAUUUGAAGCCUUCCAAUGUUCUCCGAGACUCACAUGGCAAAUUUUUGAUCGCGGACUUUGGAAUUAGUCGAAUAUUAAAUGAUGAGUUUAGCACAUAUGAAAGCAACGCUAACACGGGAACUGAGUAUUGGAUUGCUCCUGAGUCAUAUCGGGAAGAUAAAGACAAAGUAGAUAAAGGACGUUACAAAAAAAAAUCUGAUGUAUAUAAUGCCGGAAUGGUGGCUUAUUAUGUCGAAACAAAAGGGCAACAUCCUUUUGGAGUGAAACGUCAUAGAUUGGACAACAUGUUGAAAGGAAACCCUGUUGGCUUGGAUGAAAUCAAGAAUAAAACGCUGAAAGACCUUUUGAUGUGGAUGUUAAAUCGCUCGCCAGAAGACAGGCCAUCUGCCAACGAGGCGCUAAAACACCCAUUUUUUAUGUCAGAUGAUGAGAAAUUUGAAAUGUUAUGUAAAGUUGGGAACCAACUGGCAAUUAAGACAAAUGAUACCCAGUCAAGUGUGGUCCUUCAAAUAAAUAAUGAAUCAUCUGACUGGAGAAGUCGAAUUGAUAGUGAUGUAUAUGCUUAUUUUACCACAGAUGAGGUGAAUGGAAAAAUUCGUGGGUAUGAAUCUUCUUGGACAGAAUGCUUGAGACUUAUUCGAAAUCUUGGGCAGCAUUGGAAUGAUCGACCUCGGCCUAGACCACAACCAUUUUAUAAGAUUGGCGAUCACAAGUUGUACUUUCUCAAAACAUUCCCCGAUCUCCUGUUCGGGUGCACGCAGCUUUCAGGUCAAAUAAAAAAUUAAAAAACAAUUCAGAACUUAAAGAUAAGGAUAAAAUGACAAAGAAAAACUAGUAUGAACGGGAAUGGAAUGCCUGCUAAUUCAGAGGAAGAAUCUUCUGUUUUUGAUAAUUCACAUAUCGUCAAAGAUGUGAAUGAGGCAGGGCAAGUGUGUGAAGAAAGUGGAGAAUAUCACAAAGCAAAAGAGUUUCAUGAAAAAUCUCGGGAAAAGCGUAAAAAUUUAUUGGGUUCAGAUCCUGUUAAAAACGCUUUUAGUUUAAACAAUCUUGGUGAUCUCUAUUUUGAAACAGAAGAAUACGACAAAUCCAAAGAGUGCUAUGAAAAGCUCUAGAGAUUUAUAACAAAUUAUCAGUUCCAGAUCAUAGUGCAGUCGCUGCUAUUUUAAAAAAACUUGGUAAUGUUUACAUACAAACUGGAGAAUAUGACAAAGCGAAAAAAAUUUAUGAAAAAGAUUUGGAAAUUUGUAAAAUGUCAUUAGGUCCAGAUCAUGUUCAAGUCGCUGUUAUUUUAAACAACCUUGGUAAUGUCUAUAUGCAAACUAGAGAAUAUGAAAAAGCAAAAGAGUUAUAUGAAAAAACUCUGGGAAUCAGAAAAAAGUUGCUAUCCCCAGAUCAUUUUGAUGUUUGUGAUUCUUUAUGUAAUCUUGGUUUGUUACAUAAGAAAACUGACGAAUACGACAAAGCCAAGGAGUUUUAUGAAAAAGCUUUGAAAAUUUAUGAAAAGUAUUUAGGUCCAGAUCAUGUUCAAGUUGCCACUGUUUUGGAAAACCUACGUGAUAUCGAUUCGAAAACUAAAGAAUAUGACAGAGGCAAAAAGUUGAAUGUAACAGCUGAAGUAAUGCGUAGAAAGUCACUAAAUGUAGAUCACGAUUUGGCGACUGAUGAGUUUCCUAAUGCUAUGGAAAACGAACAUUUACGUGGUAUUCAAUAUAGCAGGCCAGAAAGCAGAUAUCUGUUAAAACUUGCAGGAAAAGUUUCUGGAGAAUGGAAACUUUGGCAAGGUCUCUACAUAUUAAAGACGAAAAAUAAACCAAAUUGACAUAAACCAGAAUGACGAAUAUCCAGUCAGGAAAGGAUAUCUUAUGCUAGAAUUUUGGUGGUUUUCACGUGACAAAAAGAAAUUAUGGUAUGAAGAACUAGCGGGAGCAUUUCACCGCAUUGGGAAAGGUAGUUUAGCACAAGAGAUUCUCUUGGAACGACCGAAUUUCAAUAUAAAUUAAAUUACUAAAUUGCUAUUUUAAUGUAAUUAUGAUCAUUCCACACAUUGUAAAGGCUUGCAGUUCAAUCUCCUAUUAGUUCCAUAUAAUCUAUCUUAAGAUUUUGUUUUCUAGUGUGCCUUGGCAAAGAGCAGUUCUUUGUUCAAGAGCCAUAGUAUUAGAUCAUCUAGACAAUGCGCAAUAGAUACCCAAUUACUCAGAGAAAAUAUUGAAAAACUUAAAGCCUUUUUAACAUGCUUUUUUAAAAAUAUAUGUUAUAACUUGUAAAUACUAAUGACUUUACAGGGGGUGCUGUCAAAUGCCGAAUUCGGUUGCAACGAGUUCAAAAUGACAGCAAAAUCAAUUGGUGUCAUUUUGGAGAUUUUAGCUCCAAAGAAACCUGGUCUGUUGUCCUUGAAUAGCCUGGACAUGCAGAACACCUCCGAAAUUACAAGCGAAAAUAAUUUUAAAAAAUGCAAUACAUUUCGCUUUCUUCAUAUUCAAAAUAAAAACAAAGUUUUGUUAAAAGACUAGAUUAUUCUUCGUCUUAAUUCCAAAACUUAAAUAUUUUUUUAAA